UUUCUUAGAAUGUACAGUACACGGAGAAAUGUUAAAGAUCGUAAACUAGAAAUCUUUGCAACUAGAACGGAAACAGACUGGUUCACGUGACCUGGUCACUGGAGCGGAAAUGAUAGUUGGCUAAAGGCAGCAGCAUCGGAGCAAAGCUGACACAGAGCUGUGAUGUUAUGGCGUCUGCCAGUGCUAGCAGAGCCACAGCUGCCCAGACCACUGAGAAGUCUCAGCUCAUUUUGAAAGUGGUGUCAGCCAAGCCUCAGUCUCCAAAGCUGCCGACCCGUCACUCUCGCCUCAACUCCUUUGUGGAGGUGACGGCCGACGGUCUGACCAGUGAGACCAAGAAGACAGGCAAACGCAGUGGACAGCUGGAGCUGCAGUGGAACGAGGACCUGACGCUUAAUGUGACGCCUCACAGCCGCCUGGACCUGAAGCUAUGGAGCUGCCACACCCUGAGGAAGGAGCUGCUGGGCAGCGCCACCAUCGACCUCCUGGACACACUGCACACAUAUGACGGCAAGAUGGAGAACGUCCAGCUGAGUCUGCCGCUGCAGACGGAGAACAAAGGGCUGGUUGUAGCGGGAGGCGAACUCAACGUCUGUCUGGACGGAAUGGUUGUUGAUCUGGGCUCACUGCCCAACAGCAGAGCAGCAGCAGACAAGGUGCUUCAGUCUGACAGACCCAACCUGAGGAGGACACAGAGUGAGGACACGUCCAAUACUCCUGCAUCCAACAGCAGGGUCAGCAGACUGUCGGUGGGAGGUCUCCACAGUGGUCCUCCUGGUGGCUCCACGGCUGGUUCUUUGUCUAAUGGCGAGCAGAAUGAGGAGAACUCCUUGUCAGACAAAGUGGAGUUGACGUCAAACAGUCCAGAAACCGGCGGCGGUGUGGUCCAUCAGACGCCUCCUCCCACCUCUCCAUCAGGCCGAUCUCUGGCUGCAGACGGCACCAGGAGCAGCAGCAGUCCUCCUCCAGGUCAGGACGUCCCAGGCCAGGUCCAUCCAGCAGAGCCUGGACCCAGCAGCAGCAGCAGCAGCAGCACAGAGCCAGUCAACAACAGCUCCCUCCCUGCAGGCUGGGAGCAGCGGGUCUUACCUCACGGCAGAGUGUACUACGUGGACCACAACACCAAGACCACCACCUGGGAGAGACCACUGCCUCCAGGAUGGGAGAAGCGGGUGGACCAGCAGGGCAGGUUCUACUACGUGGACCACAACACCAGAACCACCACAUGGCAGAGGCCCACGGCCGAGUCGGUGAGGAACUACCAGCAGUGGCAGAGCCAGCGCAGCCAGCUGCAGGGAGCCAUGCACCAGUUCAGUCAGCGCUUCCUCUACCAGCCGUCAGGAGCUCCAGUGGAAAACGACCCCCUGGGCCCACUGCCUCCUGGAUGGGAGAAGCGUCAGGACAAUGGCAGAGUUUACUUUGUCAACCACAACACCAGGACGACGCAGUGGGACGACCCGAGGACGCAGGGGAUGAUCAAGGAGCACCCCUUGCCUCCAGGCUGGGAAAUGAAGUACACCGCAGAGGGAGUCCGUUAUUUUGUGGAUCACAACUCCCGCACCACCACCUUUAAAGACCCCAGACCAGGGUUUGAGUCAGGGUCCAGACAGGGAGGUUCACCUGGUGCCUACGACAGAAGCUUCAGGUGGAAAUAUCACCAGUUCCGUUUCCUGUGCCAUUCCAACGCUCUACCCAGCCACGUGAAGAUCUCCGUGUCCAGACAGACUCUGUUUGAAGACUCCUUCCAGCAGAUCAUGAACGUGAAGCCGUACGACCUCCGCCGCCGUCUCUACAUCAUCAUGAGGGGGGAGGAGGGGCUGGACUACGGCGGAAUCGCCAGAGAGUGGUUCUUCCUCCUGUCCCACGAGGUCCUCAACCCAAUGUACUGUCUGUUUGAAUACGCCGGCAAAAACAACUACUGUCUUCAGAUCAACCCGGCGUCCUCCAUCAACCCAGACCAUCUCACCUACUUCCGCUUCAUCGGACGCUUCAUUGCCAUAGCGUUGUAUCAUGGGAAAUUCAUCGACACCGGCUUCACGUUGCCGUUCUACAAGAGGAUGUUGGACAAGAAGCCGACGCUUAAAGAUCUGGAGUCGAUCGACCCGGAGUUUUACAACUCCAUCAUGUGGGUGAAAGACAACAACCUAGAGGAGUGCGGCCUGGAGUUGUACUUUGCUCAGGACAUGGAAAUCCUCGGGAAAGUGACGACUCACCAGCUGAAGGAGGACGGAGAGAACGAGCUGGUCACGGAGGAGAACAAGGAAGAGUACAUCAGCCUCCUGACAGACUGGAGGUUCACCCGGGGUGUGGAGGAACAAACCAAAGCUUUUCUGGACGGCUUCAACGAGGUGGUUCCUCUGGAGUGGCUCAGAUACUUCGACGAGAAGGAGCUGGAGCUGAUGCUGUGUGGGAUGCAGGAGAUCGACCUGAGUGACUGGCAGAGGAACACCAUCUACAGACACUACACCAAGAACAGCAAACAGAUCCACUGGUUCUGGCAGGUGGUGAAGGACAUGGACAAUGAGAAGAGGAUCCGUCUUCUUCAGUUCGUCACAGGAACAUGUCGACUUCCCGUCGGUGGCUUCGCUGAGCUCAUAGGGAGUAACGGUCCUCAGAAGUUCUGCAUAGACAAAGUGGGGAAGGAGACCUGGCUUCCAAGAAGCCACACAUGCUUCAACCGUCUGGACCUGCCUCCGUACAGAAGUCUGGAGCAGCUGAGAGAGAAACUGCUGUUUGCCAUUGAGGAGACGGAAGGGUUUGGACAGGAGUGAAGGAGGAGGAAAAGAAGAAGGAGAAGAAGGAGGAAGACAGGAAGUGUUCAAUCAGUUGGUUAUUGAUGUUAUUUUGACUUGUUAUUCAUUAAUCUACUGGGCUGAGAGAUUACACCACGCUUCAAGACGUAUGUGUGUGUGUGUAAGAUGGUGAGUGUGUGUGAGAUGGUGAGUGAGUGAGUGUGUGUCAGUCCCAGAAUAAAGGGUUAUAUUUGACUAAACACAUCCAGAUAAACAUAUCAAGAAAAAAACUUUAAAUCUUUUAAAUGAUGCGUCAGUGUGUGUGUGUGUGAGAGAGAGAGAGAGAGAGAAUGACAGACUUGUGUGUUUAGCAGAUGUGAUUUUAUUUUUCCUUCCCGUCAGUUGUCAGAUUCAAAAGAUUUCUUGUGUACAUAACAAAAAUAAAAGAAAUUUCAAUCUUGA